AUGGGUGCAUUUAUGCAUUUUAGAUUUUACAUAACUGGCAGUAAGUCUGCCUUGACACUUUCCACUAAAGGCAGUCCAUCAGGCUCUUAUACUACAGUGCAAAACUGGAUUGCAGACCAAGGAAAACAGAAGAUCCAGUGUCCACAACAUGCUGAUGUUGUUACUUUUUUUGACAAUAAUCAGGUUCUUGAAAAAAAGUGGAAGGUGGAAGUUAAUUAUAAGUCCUCCUCCAGUGUCAUCACCACAACCGUCCAUAUUGUGCCUGAUGACACACAACAACUACAGGAGAGGCCAGAGCUGUCCCCCAAGGAGUGGUUGGACUUUUCCGAGGCUGGGAAGAGGGACACAGUUAGGAAAAUGAAAAAGUCUGACGAAAUUUAUAAUGAGGAAUUUAAGAAAUUACGAAGCCAAUUCCUGGAACACAGGAUUAAAAAGAUCUUGAGAGAGAUGGAUGCCGAGGGGAAGGAUGACGUAGACAAAAAUGCUUUUAAUAUUUCACAUUCUUCUGCAAGUGAAAGAUAUAGUUUUGCGAAAUCUGGUCACAGCUCUAGUGUUUGUGUCACCAUGGGAGAACCAUGCUUUGAAAAUCCUUGUUCCUACGAAGCUGUGGAAAAGGUUCUUCAGCACAUUUUGGAGGAAGCUGAUGUUGGGGCUAGGAGAGAGUGGACAGUUAUUGGCUGCGAUGGUCUGCCUUUUACCCUUGCAUCUAGAAUCAUAGAAAAUACAUUUGUCUGUCCCCAUUGCACAAUGGAAUUUAUGGAUGAGGCAGACUUUGAUGAACAUCGCAGCAAUUAUAAGCAUGCCAACAACGACUCAAAACAGAAAUGCAGAAAAUACAACAAUAUUGUGAUGAUACCUGGGCUAGGCCACUACGAAAUCAACAUGACAAAGGCCCUGUUCCGCCUACUAUGGGACAUUGCUCUUGUUGACUUAGCAAAACUCUUGGGUUUUCAAAGUCCAAAGGCACAGGCCUCCUGCAAGAGCGCCAAUGAUCAUCAUAAAAGCUGGCAAAUUCUGACCAUAUUCAUGGAAGCCAUGUCUUCAGAAUUACUGACCACGUAUAUUAAGGACACUAGAGAAUCAUCCCCUCCCUCAUACCUUGGCUUUUACGAGUGGUAUUUGGGUGUUCGAAACCCAAAUUAUAAGUUUAUGGCUGAGGUAGUAUUUACUUACUGCCUUGCCCUCCAUGUUUUCAGAGCUGGGGUCAGGCGAAACAAUACACUGGCUAUCAAUGCUGGCAAAACAAAGUUUUCGCCCCUUUUCUUUGGCCUUAACAUGCCGAUAUACAUGGAGACAUAUAUUAGAGACUCAUUUCUUCGUAUUCAGUGUCCCGACAUUGUUAGACAAUUUCUUGAAGACAAUGAGUCUUACAGUGUGUCUGGUAAUGAGUCAAAGGGGGAAGGGGGUGAUUUUAUUUUAGAGGCAAAAAACAGAAGAACCAAGAUGUGGAUACCGAGUGGCGUGCCUGAGAACAACAGGUGGCUUAAUGUCUGUAGGUGUAUAGACAAAUUGGAAAAGGUCAGAAGUAAUGUGUGCGCAGCGCUCUGCAUGUGUGAGCUGGACCCAGACUAUGCGUACAUGUAUGAUAUAGAGUUUGAGGUUUUCAGCUUUCGCCAGCAUAUCAGGCGCUCGGGGUACUUGGAUGAUCCCUUUGAAUCUAAGAAGCACUGUACUUUACAGGGGAAAGUCUUAGACGAAUCAUUUAUUCAUUUUGAUCGUAUGUGUUUUGAUAACAAGACAGAGUUCUUAGACUUUUGUGUAGUACACAAAUUGCAGGAAAGGAAAAAAUUCAUUCCAAUUUUUAUUUUUCCAGAGGACAGAGAGGAUUUCUUUUCUAUAGAAAAAAAAUCUAAAAGUGAGUUGAUAAAACUUAAUGAAAAGUUGGCUCAGCUAGAUGAUGAUGAUUUAAAUUCAAAAUGGAUUGGUGUGAAAAAUAAGAAGAAAAAUGAAAUUGUUAAAUUUUACAAGGAUUUGCAGGUAGAGAGUGGGUAAUUCUCUGUGUUCUUUAUUCUGAUUUCUUACUCGGAGUUCCUUGGAUGACUCGUACCUCGCACAUGACCUCGGACGUCAAAGGUGUUCUACCUUCUAGCUGAAUCAGUCAAGUGAUCUUAUCUGAAUUUCAUUCAAAUGUUAUACUUUUGAAAUCCGAGUUACUUAUGCUCAACACUGUGUUCUACUAAUAUAUGGUUGUAAUUAAUAUGAGGAAUUACCCAAAUAAAGAAACCUUUUCGAAGAACUUUAGGCAAAGCGAAAUAUGAAAUGAGUGACAAGGCAAUUUCCGGUGGAGAAAUGUAGCGACUUUAUGCUUAUAACUCCAUCUAUCACAUCCUAGGUUUGAAUGGAACGUAGCGGAAUCAGCCGAGGAUUGCCGAUUGCUGCUUUCAUGGAAAGGGCAAUGCUAUGAGAUGAAUUGUGUGUUCAAUGUACUCUAACAUAUUUUUAUCUUUACAUCUGUGAUAUAAUGUGUUGGAAAAAUAGAAUUGAUUAGUAAAACAUGAUAUAUUAUUAGAUUUUUACAUCAGUGAUA